AUGCUAUGGGAGCCAGUAGACCUGUCAACAGCCUGCCCGAGUGAAACAAACAUCACUGCAUGCACACAAGUGGGCGUCGCCUACUUAAGCUUACUGGUCCAGCUGUAUGGAGGCUCUAUUGAGAAGAAAAUUUGCAGAGAUCGGAGUUUCAAAGAAGAGGAUAGAGUGGAGUAUGACUUCAUAGUGGUGGGCGCAGGAGCCGCCGGCUGCGUCGUAGCCAACAGAUUAUCUGAGAACCAAAAAUGGACCGUCCUUCUUCUUGAGGCAGGACCAGAACAGCCCGAGGUGACCCUGCCGCCUGGUCUAAACCCCCCUCUCCAGUCUUCAAACGUUGACUGGAAUUUUAAAACUCAACCAAACGGAAAAAGCUGUCUCUCUCAUCCUGAUGGUACAUGCAGUUGGUCUGUCGGGAAGAUGAUGGGAGGUUCCAGUUCAAUUAAUGGUAUGGUCUACAUUCGUGGCGCUAAGGCUGAUUAUGACGCUUGGGCAAAUCUUGGUAACUCGGGCUGGAGUUAUAAUGAUGUUUUACCAUUCUUCAAAAAAUCUGAAAAUAAUUCAAAUAUCGAAAGAUUAAAUACAUUUUAUCAUGGAGUAGGUGGAGAGCUAACAGUUGGUAGAUAUCCAUACAUAGACAAAACAUCUAUUAAGCUGACAAAAGCAUUAAAUGAGAUUGGAAUACCGUUGAGAGACUAUAAUGCUGAAAGACAAGAAGGGACGAUGCAGGCACAAGUUUGUGCCAAGAAUGGAGUGAGAGUUUCAUCGAAUUCGGCGUUUAUACGUCCUAUCAGGUAUAAAAGAAGCAAUCUAGCAGUAAAAACAAACUCUGAGGUGGUGAAAAUCUUAAUAAAUAAAUAUAAAAGAGCAACUGGUGUUAAAUACAAACACGAUACUACGACGUACACCGUACGAGCAAGAAAGGAAGUUAUAAUUUGCGCCGGUGCUGUAAUGUCACCCAAAUUACUAAUGUUAUCAGGUAUUGGCCCUAAAAAACAUUUAGAUAACCUCAAAAUACCGGUUAUACAAAAUUUGGCAGUCGGUGAAAAUUUACAAGACCAUGUAGCAUUUAAUGGUGUUAUAAUAGCCUUGAAUAAAACGGCCACGAAUGUAACUAGCAAGGAGAUGUUUAAACUAAUUUAUGAUUACAAACAGAUGAAAGUUAAGAAUGGGCCGCUGGCUUCUAACGGUCCGGUCAAUUCUAUUGCCUUUAUAAAAACGAAACCAAGCUUGGUCGCUCCGGAUAUAGAAUUUCAGUUCGGGCAAAUUUCAGAUUGGAGAGAAUACCUACGAGAACCCAUCACAUUCAUAGAUUUAGACAUAUUUCCAUCGCCUUUCUACAAUGGCUUACAAACAAGAACAAUUAGCUUGGUGCCCUCCAGCCGUGGUUAUAUUCUUUUAAAUUCCACCGAUCCUUCGGGCCCCCCUUUGAUUUUUCCAAAUUACUUCGAAGAUGAUUCCGAUUUGGAGCCUAUUUUAAAGGGACUAAGAUUUAUAAAAUCUUUAGAAAACACAGAAGCAUUCAAAUCUAUGGGCGCUUACUUUGUGAAGGAGCCUUUGCCGGCGUGUAAGGAUUACGCGUGGGGCACUGAUGAAUAUUACAUUUGCUUGGCGAGACAUUAUACACGAGCAGUCUAUCAUUACGGAGGGUCGUGUAAGAUGGGCCCUAAGUCGGAUAGAAAGGCUGUCGUCGAUAAUAAACUUCGGGUGUAUGGAGUAAAGAGUCUGAGAGUUAUCGACGCGUCCAUCACGCCUAUUGUACCCGGAGGUAAUACGAAUGCACCCAGCGUGAUGAUUGGAGAGAGAGGCGUUGACUUUGUUAUUCAAUAUUGGAAACGUCUUAACCUGUGA